AUGAGCAACGUGAGCGAGCAAGUGUCGAAAACGAUGGAGUCGGCCAAGGAGGCAGCGGCCAAAGUCGGCGAACAGGUGUCAGAUUUUUUUCAAGGAAAUCCAUUUUCGACGCCUGUUGGACGCAAAAUUGAGCUCGCCACGAAUGCUUCUAUUCUUGCUACCGAGAAUUGGGGUUUGAAUAUGGAAAUCUGCGAUUUCAUCAAUAGCACUGAAGACGGUGCCAAGGAUGCUGUACGUGCAAUUCGCAAACGUUUGCACACAAACAUGUGCAAGAAUAAUGCGAUUGUAAUGUACACAUUGACGGUAUUGGAAACGUGUGUCAAGAAUUGUGGGCAUAAUUUCCACGUUCUCGUCUGUUCCAAGGAUUUCGUCCAGGAUCUAGUGAAAUUGAUUGGCUCCAAAUUCGACACACCUCAGAUUAUCCAUGAACGCGUACUUUCACUUAUCCAGAUUCUAUCAAUCAACAACAACAAAAACACUGAUAGUACCGGGAGCAACUAA